AUGGCAGCACAGUUGCACUCUCGAAGCUUUUGUGGCAUCUUCCACCUCUGCAUCCUCUGCUUGGGCCGCGGGAGGGAAAAGCUUCCCUUGGAGUCCUUGGGCCUUACAGCCGAAGAGAUGCUCCAGCGCCGAUUGCGAGUGCAAUGGGCACUUCGGCGCGCUGCCCCUCUUGCAGGCCUAGCCAUGCAGCUUGGUGGCUCCAGCGGUUCCGGGAGUACUGCCGAAGACCGGGGCCAUUGUGCCGGACCCGAACCAGUGGAGUGUGAGUGCUAUGCACCCUGGCGCGGACCUCUUUGCGACCGCGUCGAUGGUAGCAUCGCCAGAGACUACCGAUCGGCCAUCCACUACAUCGUGAAUGAGGAUGAUGUUCAUCUCGCGGAGCUUCGGCACUCGUUGCGGAACCUCUGGAAGCACUUCAACUCCAGAUAUGACCAUCCAGUUCAAAUCUUCCAUGAUGGGCUGACUGACGAGACCCGCGCCAGCAUCGUCAGAACCUCGCCGAACCGCAUCUGGUUCCACCGACUGCCAGAGGACUUCGUUCCACCUGCGUCGCAGCUGCCGCAGGAUCUUUUGGUGGAGGACACGGAGCGCACCGUGUCCCAUCACACCUUCUCCGUGGGAUAUCGGGCGCAGUGCAGAUUCCGAUCGGGGCCCCUCUUUGAACACCCAGCGGUGGCACGGCUAGACUACCUCAUGUCGCUGGAUACAGACAGCAUGUUUACCGAAGACGUGGAGAUGGAUCCCAUCGAAGCGAUGCAUCAAAACAAGUCUCUCGUGCUGGGCUACUCCCACCUCAUGAUCAGCAACGGCGCGUACAUGAAGGGGCUUUGGACCGCGACGCAGCCCUACCUGACCUACCGAGGAUUGAAGCUCGCCAAGCUACUCCAGCAGAAUUGGCACUUUCUGAGCAGGUUCUUGGUGCCAUACGUGGGGCAUCACACGCAGGAAGUGAUGUACAGCAACCUGGUCGUCAUGACAGACCUUGAGCUAUUGCGGAUCUCGUUCUUCCGCCCCGGCUCGGACUACUUCCGCUUCUACAGGUACUUAGAUGAGCUGGGAGGCUUUUGGGAGCACCGCUGGGGCGACCAUGCGGUACGGGGCCUCGGCGCCGGUAUCGUUUAUGGUUGCGGGGCCCUUGCAGCCCUAGAAGCCUUCAACAAGCGCAGCAGGCCAAUGAGACAACGAUCCCUCUCAUGGCCUACGACUUGA